AUGGCCGCCACCGCUGUCAGACCCAUCACCGGUGUACGUGAUUUCCGAAGCCCGCGCAAGGAGGACGAUUCGAUGGCUAUGCUCCGCCGGGGCCUCAUCCUCGACAUUGGCAUUGCCCUCGGUGCCGGCUUCGUUAUGGCCAACGCAUACUGGUACGGCUACCACAUGCCCCGCACCAACGCUCGUGACAACUACUACAAGAAGCUCGAGGAGGAGCGCGCUGCCCGCAUGGGCGCCUAA